AUGACUGAUGAGGCCGAUCCGGGCAAGGAAACCCCUUCCACAGAUAGGGCAGAAGUGGGUAUGGGCUUUGCAUUUGUUGCUGAUGGCUCUGGCCUUGCGUGCCUCUCGUUUUGUCUCUGCUUGGAGACACCUUCGCUCCUCUGCCGUGGUUGCCCCUUUGGCGAUGAGACACCGCCAGAAAUUAGUGCCAGAAUUGCCAAAGCAAGCAGUACCUUCGGAAGACUGAGGAAUAAUGUAUGGGAGAGACGAGGGAUUAGCCUCCAGACGAAACUGAAAGUGUACAGGACAAUAAUCCUCACCACCCUCCUCUACGGUUGUGAAGCCUGGACAAUGUACAGAAGGCAUGAAAGACAAGUGAAUCACUUUCACCUAAGUUGCCUUAGAAACCUCCUUCACAUCCGCUGGCAGGACAAAGUACCUGAUACAGAGGUCCUGAAACAGGCAAAUCUCCCCAGCAUCACCACCGUUAUUCGCAAGUCUCAGCUGAGAUGGGCAGGCCACGUCUCCCGCAUGUCGGACCACCGCAUCCCAAAACAGCUCUUUUACGGUGAACUAUGCCAGGGCAAGCGCAGAGUCGGAGGGCAGAGAAAGCGCUACAAAGACAGUUUAAAGGUCUCCUUCAAGGACUUCAACUUCAAUAGGCUGACCCCAAGCGGAGGAAGCUAUCUCUAA